CCCGCGCGCUCAACCUUCCAAGGUACCUGCAACUUCAAACUAUGUGACAGCGAGAGUGGCAAUUAUCAGAAAAAGACAAAAUUUCUGACAUAWUUAAAGGGUUGAAGGCAGGUCAUAGAUCAAGUUCUUGCCGGUCAAUUAAAAACAUAAAAUGAUAAACAUUAGGAAAGUCUUCUUGUUUCUUGGCGUUUUGAGCUUAGUGUUUCUUCUUGGAAUUGAAACUACAGAAUCUAAGUCGCUAAAUCAAGAUGGCAGUAAACUCACCCACUACAASACUAMWACCCGUGGCCUUCAAAGCAAUAAUGGUAAGAAARACGUAGACACCAACGCCCAUGGUCAAAAUGAUGAAGUUACAGGAGACAAAGCUGUUGAAUUGUCAUCUGGCGACAGCCGCGAUGAAGAUGCUGAUUCAAGCGCUUCGGGAACACCUUCAGUUGACGACGAUUUAAUGUCAACCAGUAAGGCCGGCUCAGGCCGUUCUGAUGACGAUCGAGAUAACUCCGAAAACAAAGCUUUGACCAAAAGCAAAGUUCCGGGUAUUUCGAAAAAUCCGGUUGAAAAUCCCUCGUAUGAUCCAGUCGACAAUACAGACCUCUCGUUAGAGAAACCAGACUUACCCAAUGAUGACAAUAUURUCUUAAAGGAGGAAAGGAAUGAAACUAGUCACGAUAAAAAUUCACAAAUGAAUUCAACAAGCAAUAUAAAUGACAAUACUUCAGAAGAAGAAUCUGGAUUUUCAGGAAACCCUGAUGAGGACACCGAUGAGGAUUUAUUCUCGGACAAAAAGAAUGCCACUAGACCAGUCGAAGAURACAAACCUCUUAAUCGAAAUAUCACAUCUGUUAAUACAACUACGGCGACCACAAAGAAGCUGUUAAACUUUCUGGAUAUAUCGGAAAAAUACAGCAAAAAUUCGCCAGAUAAAUCUGGAAGCACCAAUAAUAUUGCAUCUCAAAACGCAAAGAACGAUCCCAGYUCAUCUCAUUCAGUGGAUUCAAAAUUAUCUACCUACGCUAUAAACAGCAGAUAUUCACCAUCAAGGCAAUCGUUUGCAAAUGUUUUGCAAGCAUCAGGUCGUGUAGUUACUCCUGGAACUGGGUACAGAWCUCCUUAUUURGCGUAUCAUCAGUCGAAUUCCUUGCAAAAUCCGUUAGCCUUCCAGAAUGUAUUUUAUUCAGAUCGUGCAAAAAUGGCCAAUCCACAGACUUUCUCUCAGUAUUACCGAUGGUAUCAGCAUAUCAAAACAGGUUGGCCUUAUAAAACUGCCUAUCGAAUCCCUGAUCGUCAACGCCCGUAUUCUCCGCAAUUUCCUUAUACUCGACCUUUAACGUCCUGGUAUAGAGAAAACAUAGCGCCUUAUCAGAGAAAUAACGUUCCUAAGCAAGCACCUUAUUCAUUGUCUAAUACAAAUACAAGAKCUUACCAAAGAAAURGUGUUCCACAGCAGGCAUCUAACCUCAGUCCAGGUGCUUCCUGGUCCAAUAGAGGUAAAGUGCAAUAUCAAAGAACAAGUGUUCCCAAACAGGCGCCUUAUCUCCGUCCARGCACUUCCUGGUCUAAUUCAGAUCAAGUUCAGUAUCAGAGAGCUAGUGUUCCAAAGCAAGCAUCUGGUAAUUCCUGGUCCAAUAUAGGUAAAGUCCAAUAUCAAAGAAAUAGUGUUCCGUCGCAAGCAUCUAACCUAAGUCCAGGUGCUUCCUGGUCAAACACAGAUCAAGUUCAAUAUCAAMGAACUAUUGUUCCAAAGCAAGGAUCGUAUCUUCGUCCAGGUUCUUCCUGGUCUAACACAGCUACCGCACUGUAUCAGAGAUCAGAUAUUCCGCGCCCGGUGCCAMAUUCACAAGGACACGCACCUUUUAAAGUAUUUGAAAAUGCKCUUUUGAACAAAAGGCAACAGAUAUACCAGAACUACCCUUAUUACAAGAACAUGAACUUCAAUGCCGUCGCGUCGUCCAKGUCGAAUCCUUUCUUACAACCAAAUAAUCAAGAAAAUCGAUUUUAUGCUGGAGAAGCUAAGGCAACGGUGGGUCCUCCCAUGUCAAAUAACGCACCACUGAAAUCUUCACAAAAUCAAACGAAGAAGCACGCAUUCAAUGUGUUCCAGGCGGCCAUUUACUUGGCUGAUCUGCUAAAGAACGAGAGCUCAAGAUUAGAGGGUCAAUCAUCAGGGGAUAAUGGUUUACCUGAAGACCUUAAAGACACUGAUGAUGAUUUUAAUGACGAUAGAGGGUCUGGAGAUUCRUUAGUUAGACAGAGACCCAAAGCUACUGCACAAUCCAGCGUUUUUGCAGAUAAUGAGCAAGUAGAUAGGYUGGUGCAGGCGCAGGACCUUGGCAAAGGGGAGAAUGAAGGUUCUGGAGAAAAUGCACUUCCUGAAUUUAAAGAAGCCAACGAUGGUUCUGGUGAAGUUAUCGAAUUGGAAAAUCUAAAGAAUAAAGAGAAGCAAUACAAAACACAGAACUCGAUUGAGAAUUUUGAAAAGUCUCCAUCCACCAUUCAAUCAAGUSUGUCGAGUCCUGAGCCUACCAUUGUCACUGGAGGACAAGCAACGGCUGGUGUCCAACAAAACYCMCARGUGUUUAGCGAUGCAGCUCAGACACAGUCUUAUUCCCCAGCCACAGUAGAUCAAACACAACAAAACACAGGCACACCAGCAAACACAGGCACACCAGCCUAUGCAACACAGACCUCUUCAAAUGAACAGUACUAUAACGGUGCGUCAUCUCAAACUGCACAAACCAAUCAAUAUUAUAACGACGCAGCCACGCAGCCGGCUAARCAGGCAUACARUGACGCUUCGCAACAGGCUACCUCUGAAACUGCACAGUACUACAACGAUGAAGCCUCCCAAAGCGCACCACCAACCCCGCAAAGUAUCCAAGCUUACGCAUCUGAGACACAGAACGAUGCCUUGCAAGCACCACAGGCAGUUGAUGCCGCUAUCGAAGAUACCCAUCCAGGAGCCCAGACAGCUAACUAUGUACCUAGUGUGACUACAAAUCCUUCAGAGGUUAUGAACAAUGCAGAAGGCAUCCCUCAGUCAGUUGAUGCUGCUACGUUAGCUACGCCACCACAAUCUCAACAGUAUUAUAAUAGUCCAACUGAACAGACUGUUGCACCUCAACAAACAACUUCGAAUGACUUAACGUCUUCUUUUAUGGCGAACAGCAAUGGUGYAACACAGAAUGCUGCACAACAACCUAUACARUAYACUAGUAAUGAAGCACAGGCAUAUACCAACCAAGCCAAUCAGGCUUAUCAAGAACCUGUUAGCGGAGUUGAACUACGAAAACAAGACACACUAGAUGAAAACAGAUUCAGAACAAUUGUYUGUCAAAACAACCAGGACACRAUAAUGUGUCCUCAAGGAAAGAAAAUCAAUAUCACUGAUGCUCAUUAUGGAAGCAUGGGRCAGUCUUCAUGUCAAGGACCAGAGAACGCAAACUUCCUUCCCAUACAACCUUGCGAAUCACCUAAUGCGUAUAAGRUAGUAAAGACGAGUUGUGAUGACAUGGACAAUUGUAUGUUGUCAGCUAAUGAUGGGCUAUUUGGUGAACAAUGUCAAAGUGACAAGAAGUACUUGGAUGUURCAUAUGACUGUGUUGACAAGGAACGUAAGUACAGCUGGUUUCAUCUAGUUUUUAUUCUUGCUAAUUACAACACUCAGYUCAAAUGUKGUUCUCGGUCCCUCUAGCCUCACCGUAGCCCAGAGUUUUAUCUACCGUAGAGGAGAGUAGGGAAGAGAAUUGCUGUGUUAUAUGUCCCAGUUGCUAGUUGUUGUAUGUUUGUCUGCUUUUUUAUUUUGUGUGGCUUUAAAGUUGUUUAUUUAUGCGUUCAACAUGCGGUAUAAGGUAGCCUUCAUAACCUAGGAUAGUCGAGGAUAGUUUAAUUUAAUUCGCAGAUAGACAUAUUUAUGGAUAUAUCAGUUAAAUGUCUUGACAGAUAAACGUAAAAAAAGUGUUUGAAUUCGUCACAGUAUCGGUGUCAGAAACUGAAAAAUAAUCGACUUUAUCCUAGAAAAGGGUAAAACUUGCCAACUGCUAGUAGCUAAACAAACCUUAAAUGACG